AUUACACGUAAACUCACAAUAGCUCGUUCUUAGCCCGCGCUCCGUGGCUGUCUAUCAACAUUUGCGAGCAAGUGCGCACUGUCCCUCUCGCUUUCCCUCCUCUCUCCGACCACUGAUAUUCUGCUGCGUAGCAUAUCUGCAACGAUGAUGUCCCGUCUCAUGCUCAAUCUGCAUCGCACUGCAACGGACCUGUCACGCAACUACGGCGCCACAACGAUGGAGUUCAGAAGCGCUGUCUUCAUGUCGCACUUCGGCACGAUGGGCAUGCACGCAAACAGUGUAUACGAAGAGUACACAGCAUGGAGUUCCCGUGGCAGCGGUGGCACUCAAGCUACGAGCGAUGAUUAUGAGAUGCGUGAUAUGUGAAUGCUGAGAUCAUGUUGACACUCUUGUCUGUAUACCCUGUUGAGCGCCGCACCUGAUGGAACGAAACCCGCUUCUUUCCUGCUGAGUACCAAUCUUCUUCCUGAUGAAAGACAAGGUCGC